UCAGAGCGCGCGCUCCUCUCGCGCCGCCAGUGGUCGUUGCUCCUGCUCUCACGCCCGCUCGCUGCUCUUCAUCUCUCUAUCAUCGGGGAGAGUGUGCUGUUUCUCUCUCCCUGCCCCAGACCCAGACCCUCCUCCUCCGGCAGCCCGUCCAUCUCAGCGCAUCGGCGAAGAGUUUAUGGGGAGAGUGGCCGCUCCCUACAGCGGCCCCGGCAGGAUCGUGUCCUUUCUCACAGCAGUUCCUUCUUGCUUAUCCUGCAAACAGCAGCAGCAGCGGCGGCGACAUCAUCAUCACUCUGCGGCAGUGGACCGGGGCAGGAGGAGGAUGAGCGAGCAGGGCAAGAGUGGCUCGUCCACGCCAGCGAGCGGGACACCAGUCCCGGGCUCCGACACAUACAAAGGCUGGCUCUUUAAAUGGACUAACUACAUUAAAGGUUACCAGCGCAGAUGGUUCGUGCUCAGCAAUGGACUGCUGUCCUAUUACAGGACGCAGGCGGAGAUGGCCCAUACGUGUCGUGGCACCAUCAACUUGGCCACAGCGCACAUCGACACAGAAGACGCCUGCAACAUUGUUCUGAGCAGCGGGGGGCGCACCUAUCAUCUUAAAGCCAGCACAGAGGUGGAGAGGCAGAGAUGGGUCACAGCACUGGAGCUGGCUAAGGCCAAAGCCAUCCGAAUGAUGAACGAUCAGUCCGAUGACUCGGCGGACGAGGAACCCACGUCUCAGUCAGACCACAGUGAGAUCCAGGGCACUCUCAAGACUCUGGCCAGUAAGUUGGAUGACUUGAGCACAUGCAAUGACCUGAUAGCCAAGCACGGAGCGGCACUGCAGCGUUCUUUGAGUGAGCUCGAGACCUUGCGUGUGCCUCUGGAGGGAGGAGAGAAAAUCAAGGCUGUCAAUGAGAGAGCCACCCUCUUUCGCAUCACCUCCAAUGCUAUGAUCAAUGCUUGCCGAGAUUUCUUGGACCUGGCAGAGAGCCACAGCCGCAGAUGGCAGCGAGUACUUCAGCAUGAGCGAGAGCAACGCACCCACCUGGAGGAGACCAUCGAGCAGCUAGCCAAGCAGCACAACAGCCUGGAACGAGCCUGGAGAGAAGCCCCCACGCACGCCGUCAACACGCCCGAUACGCCCACCACUGACACGGGAGUGGGUGAAAGGUCCAGGAAAGAGGAAGCGAGUGAUGAAGAUGAGGAUACAGAGUUUUUUGAUGCCAUGGAGGACUCACCUGCCUUUAUAACAGUGACUGCCACGGACCCCUCUCAACACAGGCGUUCUCAGAGUAAUCUCAGUGGUGCUAGCGGAGGACAGCCCAGUGACUGCAACCAGGAAGACAAUUGUUCUGUGUGCAGUAAUGACUUUUCAGGGAAAGAGUUGCAGCCUCACAGGAAGAGGCGGACCCAAAUCCCAGAGAAGCCCAACUAUUCGCUCAAUCUGUGGAGCAUCAUGAAGAAUUGCAUUGGCAAAGAGCUCUCUAAGAUCCCAAUGCCUGUGAACUUCAACGAGCCCCUGUCGAUGCUGCAGCGCUUGACGGAGGAUUUGGAGUACUACGAGCUGCUGGAUAAGGCGGCGCGCUGUGAGAACUCUCUGGAGCAGAUGUGUCUGGUCGCAGCCUUCUCUGUCUCCUCAUACUCCACCACAGUGCAUCGGACGGCCAAGCCCUUCAACCCUCUUCUGGGAGAGACCUACGAACUGGACCGCCUAGAGGAAUUCGGCUACCGUUCCAUUUGUGAGCAGGUCAGUCAUCAUCCGCCGGCAGCCGCUCAUCAUGUGAUGUCACAGCGAGGCUGGACCCUGUGGCAGGAAAUCACCAUCGCUAGCAAGUUCCGUGGCAAAUACCUCUCCAUCAUGCCUCUGGGUGCGAUCCACCUGCACUUUCAUGCGAGUGGAAACCACUACGUGUGGCGUAAAGUCACCUCCACCGUCCACAACAUCAUCGUGGGCAAACUGUGGAUCGAUCAGUCAGGAGAUAUUGAUAUAGUCAACCACACGACCAAAGAGACCUGUCAGCUCAAGUUCUCUCCCUACAGUUACUUUUCAAGGGAAGUCCCACGAAAGGUCACAGGGGUGGUGAUGGACAGUGACGGCCAGGCCCACUACAUCCUGUCAGGCACAUGGGACGAUAAGAUGGAGAGUGCCAAGAUCGUGCAGAGCAGCCGAGGAAGCAGCAGCUCUGAGGGCAAACAGAAGACGGUCUAUCAGACUCUUACCCCCAAACUGCUGUGGAAGAAAUACCCUCUACCAGAGAAUGCUGAGAACAUGUACCAUUUCUCCUCUCUGGCUUUGACCCUGAACGAGGAAGAAGAGGGUGUCUGUUUGACGGACAGCAGGCUGAGGCCAGACCAGCGGCUGAUGGAAGCGGGACGCUGGGAUGAGGCCAACGCAGAGAAACAAAGGCUAGAGGAGAAGCAGAGAGCAACGAGGAGGAGGAGAGAUGCUGAGGCAACCGAUGCCAUAGAUGAAGGACGAGACUUUGAGUGCUACAGGCCGCUGUGGUUCCAACAGAGGACGGAUGAAAUGACAGGAGAGACUAGUUUUGUUUAUAAGGGGGGUUACUGGGAGGCCAAAGACAGACAGGACUGGAAUAUGUGUCCUGUGAUCUUCUGAACCCACAAAACACUUGACUAACUC